AUGACGACCCCAAACAAUCUGAACACCGACCCGCUCGUGCUGAAUGAGCAGCACAACUUGGACAACGGCCACGUCGAGCAGGCCAACGGGAACGGAAACGCAGGCGGGCAGACGGUAACCGACCACGCCGUCAACGCAAAGAACAGCCUAUUGAACUGCCCUGUUGCAGAGAAAGCAAAGGCUGAGGCAGCGGCCACAAAGAACGAGUUUGCAGAUCUCGCAAAUUCCCGCACCACGCCCAACCAGCCCGCCGCUACAGGCCAGCCCUUGACGCACUACCACAGCCUCUUCUAUCGACUUCUUAGCUGGAGGAACCCCCGCGCAACCGCACUUGCCUUCAUCUCGACCGUCAUCUUCAUCUUCUCCGCCCGGUACCUCAACAUUUUCCGAUACAUUCUCAAGGCUGUGUGGGUGACCCUGGGUACCACGGCUGCAGCGGAGGUUGCUGGACAGCUCACCAUCGGCAAGGGAUUCACAUCCAACUUCCGCCCGCGUCAAUACUUCACCAUCCAGAAGGCCUCGCUCGAGCGUUUCACGGAGGAUAUCGAGCAGUUCAUCAACUUCUUCGUCAUCGAGUCUCAGCGCAUAGUGUUCGCAGAGAACGUGUACACCACGAUUGCCGCUUUCUUUGCGUCCUUGACCGCUUAUUUCCUGAUCAAGUUCGUCCCUCUCUGGGGUCUCGCUCUCAUUGCUACCACCACUGCGUAUCUGGGUCCUCUCAUCUACCUCCAGAAUAAGGAGGUUAUUGACGCUCAGAUUGAAAAGGGCUACCACCUUGCGAACCAGCAGGCAACCCAGCUCCGUGACCUUGCCGCCGAGCACACCGGAAACGCGACCAAGACCCUCCAGGGAUACACUCAGCAAUACACCGCCAAGGCGCAGGACACCAUCAACCAGUACCGUGGCCGCUCUACCUCCCCGGAGGUCAAGCGUGAGGAUUUCCCCAACGCACCAAAGGAUGAGCCUGUGGGCGUGACCACGAAGGAGCCCGUAGCCCCGAAGCCAGUCGCUGAGCCUGCCUUGUAG